GUCACGUGUGUUGCUCGCAUGGUUUUCAUCUGCAGAAUAUACAUCCAAAAAAAACAAACAUGAAAAUGAAAUCAAAAAAUUCAAAGAAAAAUUACCGCCAAAAAACCGAUAAUGGUGAAGAUGAAAUUGAAUUACUUAAAACUGAAAUCAGCCAAUUUGAUUGGUCCAAAUUUAAACGAUUCGAAGAUCUACCUGUUUCACGAGCAACAAAACGUGGACUAGCAAAAAAUAACUAUGUCAUUCCAACCGAUAUUCAACAACAAUCAAUCGGUUAUGCUCUCACUGGUAAUGAUGUACUUGGAGCCGCUAAAACCGGGUCCGGUAAAACUUUAGCAUUUUUGAUUCCAACGCUCGAAUGUUUGUACCGAAAUAGAUGGACAGCGUUCGAUGGUGUUGGUGCAUUGAUCAUUUCACCUACUCGUGAAUUAAGCUAUCAAACAUUUGAAGUAUUGAAAAAAAUUGGCACCGAACAUGAUUUUUCGGCUGGAUUAAUCAUCGGUGGUAAAGAUUUGAAAUUUGAAAGCAAACGUAUGGAUCGUUGUAAUAUAAUUGUUUGUACGCCUGGCCGUUUACUACAACAUAUGGACGAAAAUCCACUUUUUAAUUGUGACAAUUUAAAAAUUCUAAUUCUAGACGAAGCUGAUCGAAUUUUAGAUCUUGGAUUCGCCAAAACAAUGAAUGCAAUCAUUUCUAAUCUACCGAAACAACGACAAACAUUGUUAUACUCGGCAACACAAACCAAAUCGAUCAAAGAUCUUGCCAAAUUGAGCCUCAAAGAUCCUGUUUAUGUUUCAUCACAUGAACAUGAAAAACAUUCUACACCGGAUAAUUUGACACAAAGUUAUAUCGUUUGUCCGAUUGAGGAUAAAAUCAAUAUGUUAUGGUCUUUUAUUCGACAACAUACGAAACACAAAAUUAUCAUAUUCAUGUCCACUUGUAAACAGGCGAAAUUUAUUUAUGAAUUAUUUUGUCAACUUCGUCCGGGAAUUCCAUUGCUUGCACUUUAUGGUACAUUACAUCAACUAAAACGUAUGGCAAUCUAUGAUAAAUUCUGUGAAUCUUCCAGAAUUGUUUUGUUUGCAACUGAUAUUGCUGCACGUGGUUUAGAUUUUCCUGCCGUUAAUUGGGUAGUUCAAUUGGACUGUCCAGAAGAUACAAACAUCUACAUACAUCGAGUUGGCCGUACAGCUCGUUUCGAACGAAAUGGAGAAUCAUUAUUAGUGUUGGCGCCCAGCGAAGAACAAUCUAUGGUCGAACAAUUGGAACAAAAAAAAGUACCAAUAGAAAAAAUUCAAGUAAAUCCACAGAAAUUGUUUUCGAUUCAAAGAAAAACCGAAGCAUUAUUGGCCAAACAUGUGUCUCUAAAAGAAUCAGCUCAACGUGCAUUCAAAGCCUAUUUAAAAUCGGUGUUCAUGAUGAAAGACAAAAGUGUAUUUAAUUAUGAAAUGCUUGAUGUUGAAUUAUUUGCACGAUCACUAGGAUUAUUGACAGCGCCACGAGUUCGAUUCAUCGAACGUAAAAUGGCUGCUCAUGCGAAGAAUCAGCCUCCAGUCAAGAAUAUCGAGAUCAAACAGAAUCAUGCUGUAACGAUAAACGAACAAAAUGAUGAUGAUGAUGGCGACAGUGAUUUUGAUGAUUUAUUUCAAGUGAAAAAAUAUGAAUUCCAAGAUAACAAUGAUGAAAUGGUACACGUGGAUCUAAAUCAAUCAAAAAGAAAAAAACAGCUUACGAGAGCUGCCGUUUCGAAACGAUUGUUGAAGAAAAAUAUUCCAUUGAAUUCAAAAAUAAAAUUCGAUGAUGACUGUAAUGCCAUACAGGAAGGCAUACCACGAAAACAAACAUCAGAAUUGACGAAAAAAUUAGAUGAAAUUGAAUCCGGUAUUGAUAUUGAAUUAGCUAAACAGAUCAUGAAAGAAGAAGAUAUUAUUGAUAAAAAAUUGUAUCGGGAUUUGAUCAAAGAGAAACAUUUGGCUAAAAAAUUGAAAAUGAAAGAAAAAAAGAAAUCAGUGAAAUCAAAUGAAAAUGAUGAUGAAGAUGAAGCUGAUGAGGAAUAUCUUGAAAACGAAGACGUAUACGAUGAUGAUGAUGAUGAUGAGGAUGAAAUUGUUACAAAGCAAUACAUUGAUGCUUUGCCCGAUCCAGACAUAGUAUUUGGUGACAAAGAUUCUGAAAUCGAAGAUACAGACAAUCAUUCUGAAGACAAAGAUGAUGAUGAUGAACGACCAGUACAAACGACUAAACGGAAAAAAUUUCAUAAACCAAUUUCAUCAAAAAUAUUUUGA